AUGGCUUCGCUACUGGGCCUGUUGAGCGACUUCCCACGUCGGCUCGCGGUCUUCCUCGAUCGACCUGGCUUCCCGUGGAAGAAAGUGAUCCUGGGUUUCUCCCUUGGUCAAUAUAUUCUCGAAGGUCUCCUCUCCUUGCGACAGUACAAGGUCCUGCAAAAGAAGAAACCACCAAAGACAUUGGAAGAUGAGAUCUCGCAAGAUGUCUUUGACCAGAGCCAAGCAUACGGCCGGGCAAAAGCAAAGUUUGGCUUCUUCUCCGGUCUCUACUCGCAAAUUCAGAACGUCCUCUUCAUCCAGUACGAUAUCCUGCCCAAGCUCUGGUCCUUGACAGGUCUCUGGCUGGCCCGCUACCUGCCCGAACGCUUCUCCGGCGAGAUCUCGCAUUCGGUGCUCUUCUUCUUCACGUUCAGCCUUGUUUCGCAGCUUCUGUCCCUGCCACUGUCGUACUACAGCACGUUUGUGUUGGAAGAGAAGUUCGGAUUCAACAAGCAGACCGUCAAAUUAUGGAUCACGGACAUGCUAAAAGGCCAAGCAUUGAUGGUCGUACUGGGUACACCGCUCCUCAGCGCGUUUCUCAAGAUCAUCCAGGUCACGAGCACGAGGUUCUUCUACUACCUGUGGCUGUUUGGAAUCGUGGUCCAGCUGUUCGCAAUCACCAUCUAUCCGAUCUUCAUUCUGCCGCUGUUCAACAAACUCUCGCCCCUCGAGCCGGGGGAACUCAAAUCAGGUGUGGAAGCGCUGUCGCAGAGACUCAAAUUCCCGCUGAAAUCGCUCUUUGUGAUCGAUGGAAGCAAACGUAGCGCGCACAGCAACGCUUAUUUCUUCGGGCUGCCAUGGAAGAAGCACAUUGUUAUCUACGACACUUUGAUCGAAAAGAGCGAGGCGCAAGAGGUGGUUGCAGUACUUGGCCAUGAGCUGGGCCACUGGAGCCUGGCGCACACAACCAAGCUAUUCGCCAUCGCGCAGUUCCACAUGUUUUACAUCUUCGCCCUCUUCAGUGUCUUCAUCGACAACCACUCUCUGUACUCCUCGUUUGGCUUCCACAACACCCACCCCAUCAUCAUCGGCUUCAUAUUAUUUUCCGACGCUCUUGCCCCUAUGGACGCCGUCGUCAAACUCGGCAUGAAUAUUCUUUCGCGCAAAUUCGAGUUCGAGGCUGAUAAAUUCGCCAAAGACCUGGGCUACCAGAACGAGCUUGCCAGGAGUUUGAUCAAGUUGCAGGUCCAGAAUUUGAGUACGAUGGACGCAGAUUGGAUGUAUGCCAGUUACCACUACAGUCAUCCUAUUCUGGCCGAGCGGUUGGCGGCGUUGGGCUGGAAGAGUAGUAAGGGUGAGGGCAAGGCUGCCAAUGGUAAGAUUGUCGGGUUGGAUGAGAAGGUUGUGGAUGCGGAUGUGGUCAAGGCGAGUCAGCGAGAGCUGUGA